AUGGCUUCAUAUACUGGCACUUGUAAUUGUGGCUCUGUCACUGUCACACUCGCUACAGCGCCUUCCAUGAUAUAUGCGUGCCACUGCUUGAACUGUCGCCGUGCCGGUGGACGUAUGGGUAACUUUGAUUUCACUGUUUCCUACUCGACUGACAAUGAAAUAGCUUUCUCUAUGAAUUAUAUUCUCGGUGAAGACGAAGUGACGGUUCAUGAUUCCAAGAAUUCAAGAAAGCAGUACGUUGAUACUAAUACGACAUCCAAAGCCACGGUAAAGAGAACAUUUUGCCAAAAUUGUGGAAGCCCUCUAUACAGC